AUAACAUUAGCUGGGCACGAUUUCAAAUGGUGACGGCAAGAAACAAAGCUCAAAGCUCGAGUAUUUAUUGUCUUUAUUUUAAGAUGACGGUAAUUUGAUGUAAAAAGUCCACUGCAGUACACUAAUUGACCUCUUCAUACGAGUCGUGCUCAAGGUUACUUUAAAGCUUCCCCUUUCCACCAGACAUUUUCCCACCAAGGCUGUGUGGUGAACGUUAGGAGCUCCUAAAAGAUUAACUUUAACGUUGUUAUUGUCCCCUCCAGUCACACUGAGACCCUCACGUAGUUUGUUAUAACCUCAGCGAAGUAGAGCUGCAGGUAGACUUCCAGUGCUAAUGGCCGAUUCUAAAAUAAGGCAAAGCAAAAGACUGCGGGCCGGUACCCGGCGACGUUACCAUGACGAUGGCAUUUCAGAUGAGGAGAUUGAUGGAAGGAGAAUGUUUGACCUGGAGGAAAAAGUCCACAGUGAGAGGUUCAGCUCUGACCGGAUCUUGCGCAUGGAAGGAAGAGAAUUAACAUACGAGUUCAUCCAGAGAGGCGGCUUGAGAGACCCAAUCAUCUUUGACAAACCUGAUGGAUUGGGAAUCAAGAUGCCUGAUCCUGACUUCAGUGUCAAUGACGUCAAGAUGUUUGUUGGCAGCAGACGGAUGAUCGAUGUGAUGGAUGUGAGCACUCAGAAGGGGACGGAGAUGUCCAUGGCCCAAUGGACACGUUACUACGAGACUCCGCCGACUCUAAGAGAAAAGCUUUAUAAUGUUAUCAGCCUUGAGUUCAGCCACACUAAGCUGGAGAACCUGGUUCAAAGACCUGCAACGGUCGAUCUAAUAGAUUGGGUUGACAACAUGUGGCCUCGUCACCUGAAGGAAAGACAGAGAGACUCGACCAACUCUAUCACUGACAUGCAAUACCCCAAAGUUCAGAAAUACUGUCUGAUGAGUGUAGAGGGCUGCUACACAGACUUUCACAUUGACUUUGGAGGGACCUCGGUGUGGUACCACAUUCUCAGAGGAGGCAAGGUGUUCUGGCUGAUCCCCCCCACCCCUCAGAACCUGGAGCUGUAUGAGAACUGGGUGCUGUCAGGGAAACAGGGGGACAUUUUCCUCGGCGACAGAGCAUCUGACUGCCAGAGGAUUGAGCUGAAGCAGGGUUGCACCUUCAUCAUACCUUCUGGUUGGAUUCAUGCCGUCUACACCCCAACGGACUCCAUGGUGUUUGGGGGAAACUUCCUGCACAGCUUCAACAUCCCCAUGCAACUUAACAUCUGUAAUAUAGAAGACCGAACACGGGUUCCUUUGAAGUUCCGUUACCCCUUCUACUACGAGAUGUGCUGGUACGUGUUGGAGCGCUAUGUCUUCAGCAUGACCAAGACUUCCUACCUCACACCAGAGUUUCAGAAGCACACGCUGGGCAUUGGUCUGAAAAAGCCGUGCGGCUCAGAUGCAGCCAGUGAGCCGAUGAUGAUGAUGGAGGAGGAAGAAGAGGGGGAGGAGGGUUGCAGUGAAGAAGAGGCCUCAGAACAGCAGUCUGACAAGCCUGCAGUAAAAGUUCUGUUGACUGCCCUCGAGUUGGAGGGAAUGUGGAACCUGCUGGGUAAACUGGAGGCUCUGCCCUCCAACAAAAAGUGCGUCCCAGCAGGCAUACACAACGCCCCGGCACUCAUCACACACAUAAAGGCUCUGCUGAAGGAACAUGCCAAUGACAAUCAGAAACUGUCCUACACAGGAAUUCCUAUCGUCAAGUGGCCAAAGCGACCCAAAUGGUACCAACCUCCUCCUCCUCCCCCACCUCCUCCUCGUCCUAAGUUUCCGUCCACUCCCAUCAUUCCACGACCCCAGAAACCGGCCUCCUCCAUGUCCGUGCUGAGACGGCGCAGGGUCAGGUGUAAGCGCUGUGAAGCCUGUAUGAGACCAGAGUGUGGAGAUUGUAACUUCUGCAGAGACAUGAAAAAGUUUGGAGGGCCGGGGAAACUCAAGCAGACCUGUGUUCUGCGACAGUGUCUCUCUCCGGGCCUUCCUCUGUCUGCAGUGUGUGAGAUCUGCAAGGAGCCUAAUCAGGAGGAAUCUGGAGACCCCUCCCUAACUCUGAUGGAAUGUUCCAACUGUGCACAGAUAGUCCACCCUGCCUGCCUCACGGUUCAGGGGGAAGGAGUGGUGAAUAAAGACCUUCCUAGUUGCUGGGAGUGUCCAAAGUGUGUCCUGGGGAUCACUGAUCCCGAGUUUGGUUUAACUCAGUCAUCAGGCAGCGAUGAAUCGUUGGCCGCCGGCAACCCGCAGCUCAACCGUCCCCGUGGCCCCCUGGUUCUCAGACUGGGCCCCGGGGCCUCUGCUACCUUAGGGGGUCCUGUGGGUACCCAGCAGGAUGGGGAGGUGGUCUGCUGUGGUUUCUUCUCUCCUCAUCCUCCUCUUCCUUCCUGCUCUUCCUCCUCCUCAGCGUCACUUCUUUUGGUGGCGGCCCCUCUGCCUUCUCAGCCAAUCAGCUCGAGACUGCAGUACAAAGGAGACAAAAGUGAGGGCGUUCCAGCGAAACGUAAAUCUUCCACCCUGCUGGAUGCUCGCAUGGCAAAGAUUUACCGACGGCAGAGACACAGCCGCGACGGAGACGACUCUGCCAGUGAUGACGAUGACGAUGACGACGACGACGACGAUGAAGCCCCUCACAGAGGGAAGAUUGCUCUCCAUUCCCGGGGCAGCCACUCUUCCAGGAGGGGGUUUGGUGCCAACCGGAGAAGCCUGCUGAGAGGAAGCUCCGCCCACAGAGGAAGCAGAGGAGGGCUCACGUCUUCUGGCUCCUCUGCCGCCCUCAAGCUAAAGCGAGGAAUGGGCAUGAGGGAGGGGGGGCGAAGGGGGCGAGGGGUGAGGUUGAGGGGAGGCUCUCGGAUGCAGCGCCGAGACGAAUCCGAGGAGUCGGACGAUGACGAUGACGACGAUGAUGACGAUGACGAUGACGACGAUGAUGAUGAUGAUGAUGACGAGGAUGAGGAAGAAGAAGAAGACAGUGAAGAUCUGGACAAAGAGAGACUGCAUUGCCGGCGUAGGAGGAAGCACAGGGCUGAUGAUGAUGAUGAUGAUGAUGGAGAGGACAGUGAGGGGCAGGAGUUUGACCCAGAAGAAGAGGAAAUGGACAUGCUGGAAGAUGAAGAGGAAGAUGAAGAGGAGGAGGAGGAGGAAGGGCGUUGGGAUUCUGACCCAGAACCGCCAGUCCUCCUUGUGUCUGAUCUAAAUGAUGACCUGCUGAGUGGCUCCUAUCUGACUGUCACUCUACAGCGCCCCCACAAGGCCAAGAGACACGCUGGCUCCAUCGUUCCAAAGCUAGAGGCAGCCAUGGGUCUGAGGACAGCAGGAGGUCCCCAGGGCUUCAUCCAGAGAAAGACUGGUCCGUCCAAAACGUCCCGACUCCGGAGCACUGACCCCACCUCUGACGGAGUAACCCCGAGAGGACCUGGCAGGCCACGUCUGCGGGGUAACCACAGAGGCUUUAGGGAUCAAUCCUCAACUUCUUCAGAGGAAGAGGAGGCCACAGCUCCUCCUGCGUCCUCUGCUCUGUCUCUGCUGUCCCUGCCGUCCUUCAAGGACGUGGGCAACGAGAGAGGAGGGGAGAAGGAGGUGUGGGUGUCUGUGUUCAACUACUUGAACAGAGCCGAGCUGCUGGCCUGCAUGACCGUCUGCAAGGCUUGGUACAAGUGGACCUGUGAUAAGAGACUGUGGAGCCAUGUGGACGUGAGUCGGUGCAGCCCGCUCAGUAACCCGGCACUAGCCGGCAUCAUUAAACGCCAGCCAACCUCUCUGGACCUGUCCUGGACCCCCCUGGCCAAGAGACAGCUCAACUGUCUGCUCACAAGGCUGCCAGGGCUCCGGGAGCUGAGGGUAGCGGGUCUGUCCUGGUCUUGCGUGUCAGCCAUGGUCUCUCCCACUCUGCCCUACCUGCGGCUGCUGGACCUGCGCUGGUGUGAAGGCAUCAAAGAUUCCCAAAUUAAAGAGAUUCUCAUCCCGCCUGGUUCUGAGUCGUCUCGCAGCAGGCUGAGGAACAUGGUGACGCUGCGUCUGUCCGGCCUGGACAUCAGCGAGUCCACUCUCAGGUUGCUCCAGCGCCACAUGCCCCAGCUGGAGAGACUGGACCUGGCUCACUGCAAGGACAUAACAGACUCGUCUAUCGCCCUGCUGGCAGCAGCCGGGACUCACACCCGCAACAGUCUCACGGAACUCACACUGGCAGGCUGCAGUGAGCUGACAGACGGCUGUCUGUCUUACCUGAAGCGUCUUUCCUCUCUGGCUCUGCUGGAUCUCAGAGGCUGUAAGAGUAUCAGCAGACGAGCCUGUGACGCCUUCAUCUCUGACCUGUCGCACAUCGCCCUCUACUGUAUGAUGGAGGAGAAGCUAAUCCAGCGGUUGGAUUAAAUGUAGAACAGUGAGGUGGACUAAUGGUGCCACAGUCCCGCCUUGAACGAGCAGUAUAAAAGGGCCUUCGGUUACGGAGGUCCCCAAAGCUCCUGAGAUCCCAAUGUGUUCUCAUUCCACAUGUAAAUAAAUACCCUUUUCACUGUUCAUGGAGCCUGA